CCCUCCCCAAAACAAUUAUAUGUCCUUUCCCUUUCCUUUGGCAAAUAAUCCAUCAUUUCUUAUGAUUGUCGAAUAAUUUCGUAAUGCAUAGUUUCAAAUUCUAAGCCAUCGAACAUCCAAAUUGUUCUUAACAUGAAGAUAUGAUUGAAUAAACAAAGGGACAAUCAUAACCUGAUAAAAGCGCCUUUGACGUCAAAUCUGAACCGACCCACAACGUGUCUUCCGAGUAAAUAGGUCACACUUUUCGAUCGUCUUAACCAACACCAUGGCUGUUAAAGUGACUUGCUUGAUUCUCUUGGGACUCUUGGGCAUUUCUCAAGCUUGUCCUGCUGGAUUUGAUUAUGUGGCGGGUAAGUGCUACAAGAUGGGCGAAUCUACUACCAAAGUAGAUGCUGCCAAGAGAUGUGUGGAAGAGGAACAAGGCGAUCAUCUGUGGAUCAUUGAUUCCGAUGAAGAGUUUGGCAAUGUCAUGGCUCAUUUCUUUGGAUCAGCAAAUCGCACCCGUGCCGGAGCCCGUGCUCAAAUUUGGACGGAUGGCGAAUUCCUCGAAGAUGGAUUAACUUGGAUCACCACCAACACCCUCGUAUAUUUUGAACCGGAAAUGGGGUCUUACGAAGGCGUGUGCUGUAGCGGAAUGGGUUGCACCACUCCUAAUGAUCUACUUCCGGGCCCCUGUGCUGCCAUUGGGCGCGUGACAAAUUCAGCAGUUGAUGCUGGAUAUGGAUUUCUAGGUUGCGAGUGUGACGGCGUUGCGGCCAUACCUUACAUAUGCGAAACCGCAGAUGUGGGAACGUUCCAAUGCCCCACGGAUGAUGGGCUUUUUGAGUCGGCUCCCUGUUCGAACAUGUUCUUCAAUUGCUUUGGCGGUAUUCCCUACCAAGAAUAUUGCCCUGAUGAAAUGGUGUAUGACGAGGAAAAUGGAUACUGCAAUUUCCCGGCUGACACGCCCAGCUGCAACCCUGACUCUUCUACCUCUGCAAACGACGAAAGUUUCAUGGCUGAAUAAUCGGUCGGCAAACAAACAAGGGGACAUUUUCUGUAUUUCAAACUUGACAAAGUCAUCCCGGCCAACAAUUGGCAGGGGAAAUAUAAAUAUAGAACCUGGAUUUUGUGUUAA